AUGAUGAAAUGUGUGAUUCUCGGUAUGUUACUGCUUUCAGUGUCAUGCAUAGACAUUGUUGCAGAUGAAUUUAGAUGGCCAGAUUGGCCUGUAUAUAGAUUCAAGACUUGGUCAGGAUUGAUUGAGAUUGAUGACGAUGGAGUGACGAGAAAUUUACAUUACGUAUUUGUAGAGAGCCAAACAGAGGAUGCAGAAGUAGCAACAUAACCAGUAAUACUUUGGCUUAAUGGUGGUCCAGGUUGUUCAUCAUUAUUGGGUUUGAUGUAAGAAAUUGGUCCAUAUGUAAUUGACAAUGGAGAAACCGAAUACAAAUACAAUCCAUGGUCAUGGAAUAAAAAUGCUCAUUUAUUAAUAUUGGAAUCUCCAUUUGGUGUCGGAUUCUCAUAACCAUCUCCUGACAAAGACUACAAAUUUACAGAUGAGAAGACCGGAAGAUUUAACUAUGAGGCCAUCCGAGAAUGGUUCAAUACAUUCACAUACUAUAGAGGUAGAGAUUUCUACAUAGCUGGAGAAUCAUAUGCAGGAAUGUACAUUCCUUAUACAGCCAAAGCCUUGUUGGAAGGUGAAAAAACAGUAGAUUAAAAGGAAAAGAUCAAUUUCAAGGGAGUAUUGAUCGGAAAUGGUGUUUUAAUCAACAAUGAGAAAUUUAGAGCUUAAACUUCAAUAAAGUUCUUGGCUAGAAGAUCAUUCAUUGAUUAUACUAAUUAGUUUAUUUUGAAUCACAACUGUGCUUUGUAGCCAAACUCAGCAAGUUGCAGACAAGCUAAGAAAUCUCUAGAUAGUGCUAUUGCAGAGAUAAAUCCUUAUGGAGUAUAUUCAUAUUGUUGGGGUGACAGUACUUUGAAAUAAUACAAAGUGGAGAGAGAAUCCAAACAUAGAUUUUCAUACACUCCUUGGUUGAAACUAACUGAAGAUGAUGAUGAUUCUAGUGCCCCCUGUAUUGAUUUUGGUCCUUUAGCUAAUAAGUUGAACACUGAUGAAUAUAAAGAAGCACUUCAUGUAGAUAAGAACAUUGUCUGGUCAGGAUGUAGUGAUCCAGUUUAUCUUUAAUAUACUAAAUCAGAGGGAAGCUAUUAAAUUUUACCUGAAUUAUUUUAAGCAGGAAUCUAAAUUCUCCUAUAUUCUGGUGAUCAAGAUUUGGCAGUUAGUAUAGUUGAGACAUAUGAAAGUAUCAAAUAGAUACAAGGAAUCAAAGAAAUUAAAGGAUGGACUCCAUAUUUGAACACUAAUGAUGGAGAAUUAAAAAAAUUAAUUAGCAGGAUGGAUUGUCGAAUACAAUUAUUUCAGAUUCCAAGUUAUCAGAGGUGCUGGACAUAUGGUCCCAUAAGAUUAAAGAGAGAACUCAUGGUUUAUGAUUGAUAACUUUAUUAAUGGAGUUUGACAAAUAUAAUAUAUAUAUAAAUGUUAUUCAUUUAAUUAUUAUUAUUAUUA